CAUGGGUGAGGGGAGCCAGAUGGACUUUGGUUUGACAACAGUGAUCGAUUGAUCAACAGGCAUCUCCCGCAAACAUGGAGGGUCCAUCUCGAGUGUACCUGUUCGGAGACCAGACAAGUGACAUCGAAGCCGGCCUCCGCCGUCUACUACAAUCGAAGAAUAGUACCAUUGUCCAGUCUUUCUUCCAGCAAUGUUUCCAUGCGCUGCGUCAAGAAAUUGCGAAGCUCCCGCCAUCUCAGCGCAAACUCUUCCCACGGUUCACGAGCAUCGUCGAUCUGCUUACUAGACAUCGCCAAUCAGAACCGAGCCCCGUCUUGGAAAGCGCGUUGACGUGCAUCUACCAAUUAGGUUGUUUCAUACACUAUUACGGGGACCUUGGCCAUAUCUAUCCCACGUCUACAAACAGCCAGCUUGUUGGUCUAUGUACAGGCCUGCUAAGCUGCACGGCUGUUAGCUGCUCGAGAAAUGUCGGAGAGCUUGUUCCCGCUGCAGUGGAAUCGGUCGUAGUAGCCCUCCGCCUGGGGAUCUGCGUUCUUCGAGUCCGAGAACUCGUCGACUCGGACGAUUCGAAGUCAACAUGCUGGUCCGCGUUGAUUUCGGGAAUAAGCGAAGCGGGGGCUACUAGCCUAAUAGACGAGUACAGCACCAAGAAGGCCACUCCCCCUUCUUCAAAGCCAUAUAUCAGCGCCGUGAGCUCCAACGGCGUUACUAUCAGUGCACCACCCACAGUCCUUGACGAGUUCAUCGAAGUUAGUGCUUCAAAGAACUACAAGCCUGUCAGGGCUCCAAUUCAUGGCCCCUACCAUGCGCCCCAUCUUUAUGACGACAAAGAUAUCGAACGUAUCUUGCAGCCCUUGACCUCGGAGACAUUAUCCGGUUACUCACCCGUUAUCCAUGUCAUUUCCAGUAAUACUGGCAAGCCGGUCAAGGCCCAGUCCAUCAACGAUCUCUUCAAGGUAGCGCUCGAGGAAAUUCUACUUCGACGACUUUGCUGGGACAAGGUCACAGAUGCGUGCUCAACUUUAUCCAAGUCCAGCGCGAAUCAUUCUUGCAAGCUGUUUCCGAUCUCAAGCAGCGCAACCCAAAGUUUGUUCACAGUGCUCAAGAAAGCAGGUGUGAAUGUCAGCUUGGAAUCCGGGGUUGGAGAUGUUUCGACAAGCCCGGACACGCGAAACCUCACUGGCAAAGCGGAAUGCUCCAAGAUCGCCAUUAUCGGAAUGUCAGGAAGGUUUCCUGAGGCCGACGGUGCGGAGAGUUUCUGGGACCUCCUCUACAAAGGACUCGAUGUGCAUCGCAAAGUUCCCGCGGAUCGUUGGGAUGCUGAUGCCCACGUCGACCUGACUGGGUCGAAGAGAAAUACAAGUAAGGUGCCUUAUGGGUGCUGGAUCAACGAACCAGGGCUGUUCGAUCCCCGAUUCUUCAACAUGUCGCCCCGAGAAGCACUGCAGGCGGAUCCCGCUCAACGUCUUGCUUUGCUCACAGCCUACGAGGCCCUCGAAAUGGCUGGCUUUAUCCCGGAUAGUACUCCGUCGACCCAAAGAGACCGUGUGGGUGUCUUCUACGGAAUGACCAGUGACGACUACCGUGAAAUCAACAGCGGCCAGGACAUUGACACGUACUUUAUCCCUGGAGGUAACCGGGCGUUUACGCCAGGUCGCAUAAACUACUACUUCAAAUUCAGCGGUCCCAGUGUGAAUGUUGAUACAGCAUGCUCUUCCAGUCUUGCUGCUAUACACAUUGCCUGCAAUUCUAUUUGGAGAAACGACUGCGAUGCCGCGGUUGCCGGCGGUGUGAAUAUUUUGACGAACCCCGACAACCACGCGGGUCUGGAUCGGGGUCAUUUCUUGUCUACAACUGGAAACUGCAACACAUUUGAUGAUGGCGCCGACGGUUACUGCAGAGCAGAUGGGAUUGGGAGUAUCGUCUUGAAGCGACUUGAAGAUGCUGAGGCGGACAAUGACCCGAUCAUCGGUAUCAUCAACGGCGCAUACACCAACCACUCGGCCGAGGCCGUGUCGAUUACACGUCCUCAUGUCGGCGCCCAAGCCUUCAUUUUCAAUAAAUUGCUCAACGAGGCGAAUAUCGACCCCAAGGAAGUGAGCUACAUCGAAAUGCACGGCACGGGAACACAAGCCGGAGACGCAGUCGAGAUGCAAUCUGUCCUUGACGUCUUUGCUCCCGAUUAUCGCCGCGGCCCUGGACAAUCGCUUCAUCUUGGAUCAGCCAAGGCCAACGUUGGACAUGGAGAAUCUGCUUCGGGAGUGACUGCUCUUGUCAAAGUUCUUCUCAUGAUGAGAGAAAACAUGAUCCCCCCGCAUGUUGGUAUCAAGAACAAGAUAAACCACAAUUUCCCGACGGACCUGGCCAAGCGCAAUGUCCAUAUAGCCUUUCAACCCACCCCAUGGAAUCGGCCGGCUUCCGGAAAGCGCCGAACUUUCGUGAAUAACUUCUCUGCUGCUGGUGGAAACACUGCUCUUCUGUUGGAAGAUGGCCCCCUUCCGGAGCGGCGAGGGCAGGACCCUCGGUCGUUCCAUCUGGUUUCUGUGUCAGCCAGAUCUCAGACUGCACUGAAGAACAACAUCGACUCUCUUGUGAAAUACAUUGACGCACAUGGCAAGUCAUUUGGUGUAAAAGAAGCCGACUUCGUCCCCAGCUUGGCUUAUACCACCACUGCACGCCGAAUCCACCAUCCGUUCCGUGUGACUGCAGUCGGGCCAAACCUGCAAUCCCUACGCGAUUCACUGCACAGUGCUUUGCAACGUGAGGCAUACACCCCGGUGCCAGCGACAGCCCCUGGGAUUGGGUUCGUCUUUACCGGCCAAGGAGCCCAGUACACCGGAAUGGGCAAGGAGUUCUACCGCAACUGUUUCCAAUUCCGAACCAUCAUUGAGCACUUCGAUUGUAUUGCACGAAGCCAGGGUCUUCCUUCCAUCCUCCCUCUCGUCGAUGGAAGUGUACCUGUCGAAGACCUGAGCCCCGUCGUGGUGCAAGUGGGAACAACUUGUGUCCAGAUGGCAUUGGUCAAUUACUGGACUGCUCUGGGCGUAAAGCCGGCCUUUAUUAUCGGACACAGUCUCGGUGAUUAUGCCGCCUUGAACACAGCCGGUGUUCUGUCCACCAGUGAUACCAUCUACCUGUGUGGCCGCCGUGCCCAGCUACUUACCAAGGAGUGCAAGAUUGGAACACAUUCAAUGUUGGCUGUCAAGGCUUCCCUGGCUGAAGUGAAGCACUUCCUCAGAGACGAGCUUCACGAAGUCUCUUGUGUCAACGCGCCCGCCGAAACUGUCGUCAGUGGCCUGGUCACUGACAUCGACGAGCUGGCUCAGAAAUUCUCCACCGAGGGUCUGAAAUCCACCAAGUUGCGGGUUCCUUAUGCUUUCCAUUCCUCGCAGGUUGACCCUAUCUUGGAAACAUUCGAGGAGGUUGCUCGGGGCGUCACUUUCCACAAGCCGACGACACCGUUCGUUUCCGCUCUGCUUGGGGAAGUGGUCACCGAUGCCAACUGGGAUUGUCUUGGCCCCAAGUACCUGCGCGAUCACUGCAGAAAGACGGUCAAUUUCUUAGGUGGCGUGGAGGCUACGAGACACGCAAAGCUGACAAACGACAAAACCCUGUGGGUUGAGAUUGGCUCACAUACCAUCUGCUCUGGGAUGAUCAAGGCAACUCUCGGACCACAAGUUACGACGGUUGCAUCUCUGCGACGUGAAGAGGAUACCUGGAAGGUCCUUUCGAAUAGUCUUUCAAGUCUUCAUCUGGCCGGAAUCGACCUCAACUGGAAGCAAUACCACCAGGAUUUCACUUCUUCGCACCAAGUGCUCCGGCUCCCAGCUUACAAGUGGGAUCUCAAGAACUAUUGGAUCCCCUAUGCCAACAACUUCUGCUUGACCAAGGGUGCUCCAGUGGCGGCAGUAGCAGCAGGACCGCAAUACGAGUUCCUGACCACUGCUGCUCAGAAGGUCAUCGAGACCCGGGAUGAUGGGGCAACAGCCACCGUGGUUAUAGAGAACGACAUUGCCGAUCCCGACUUGAACCGCGUCAUCCAGGGCCACAAGGUCAACGGCGCUGCUCUGUGUCCCUCGUCCCUCUAUGCCGAUAUCGCGCAGACACUUGCAGAGUAUCUCAUCAAGAAGUACAAGCCCGAGUAUGACGGCUUGGGAUUGGAUGUGUGCGAUGUCACCGUCCCGAGGCCAUUGAUUGCCAAAUCUGGACAACAGCUUUUCAGGGUGUCUGCUACUGCGAACUGGGAGGAGAAGAAAACUACCCUUCAGAUAUACUCGGUUACGGCAGAGGGGAAGAAGACGACUGAGCACGCAACCUCUACUGUCAAAUUCUUUGACUGCGCCGCCGCCGAGUUGGAGUGGAAGCGAAACGCUUACCUUAUCAAGAGAAGUAUUGACCGGCUCCACGAUGUCGCGGAAGAUGGAGAUGCCCACCGUCUCGGAAGAGGUAUGGUUUAUAAACUCUUCAGCGCCCUGGUCGACUACGAUGACAACUUCAAAAACAUCCGCGAGGUUAUUCUCGACAGCGAACAGCAUGAAGCCACCGCGCGUGUCAAGUUCCAGGGGUCGCAGGGCAACUUCCACCGCAAUCCCUUCUGGAUUGACAGCAUUGGGCAUUUGUCUGGGUUCAUCAUGAAUGCGAGCGAUGCCACCGACUCGAAAAACCAGGUCUUUGUUAACCACGGUUGGGAUUCUAUGCGCUGCUUGAAGAAAUUCUCCCCAGACGUCACCUAUAGAACCUAUGUAAGAAUGCAGCCCUGGCAAAACUCGAUCUGGGCAGGUGAUGUAUAUCUUUUCGAAGGGGACGAUAUCGUCGCGGUUUACGGUGCCGUCAAGUUCCAAGCAUUGUCGCGCAAGAUUCUUGACACAGUUCUUCCUCCGAGUCGUCCCAGCGCCCCGGCCCCUGUGAAGGCCGCACCCAAGCCGAGUGCGCCAAGCUUGAUUGGGCGUGCACUCAGCAUCCUCGCAUCGGAAGUCGGACUGUCUGAGUCUGAGCUUACGGAUGACUUGGUUUUCGCGGACUAUGGUGUGGAUUCUCUUCUCUCCUUGACCGUCACCGGCAGAUAUCGGGAGGAGCUGGAUAUCGAUCUGGAAUCCUCAGUCUUCAUCGAUCAGCCCACCGUGAAAGACUUCAAGCGACUCCUGGCCCAAAUGAGCCCAGCAGAAGUGAGUGAUGGUUCCACUAGCGAUCCGGAGUCUAGUUCCUCCUUCAACGGUGGCUCCUCAACAGACGAGUCCAGUGCUGGGUCCCCUUGUGUCAGCUCACCACCCAAUGAGAAGGUCACGCAGGCCGAGCAGCACGCUACGAUGAAGGAGAUUCGUGCCAUCUUAGCCGAUGAGAUCGGGAUUUCCGAAGAGGAACUCAAGGACGACGAGAACCUGGCAGAGAUGGGAAUGGACUCCCUACUUUCCCUCACUGUCCUUGGUAGGAUCCGCGAGACAUUGGACAUGGACUUGCCGGGAGAAUUCUUUAUUGAGAAUCAGACUCUUAGUGAGGUCGAGGAAGCACUGGAUCUCAAACCCAAGGCUGCUCCUGCCCCUGCUCCUGCCCCUCCUACUCCCGCCGUCGCUCCUGUGUCUGCGCCAAUCACCCUGUCUGAACCUGUUCCCAACCCGAAAUCUGCCCUCAUGACCCGGGCUAGUCAGCACCCCCGAGCCACUUCCAUCCUCUUGCAAGGUAACCCCAAGAUAGCCACCAAGACCUUGUUCUUGUUCCCUGAUGGCUCUGGCUCUGCCACAUCAUAUGCCGGAAUCCCCGCAGCCUCCCCAGACACGUGCGUGUACGGGCUUAAUUGUCCAUACAUGAAAACACCGGAGAAUCUCAAGUUCGGUCUUGACGAGAUGACCUUCCCGUACCUGGCUGAGGUCCGCCGGAGACAGCCCAAGGGGCCCUACAACUUUGGUGGAUGGUCUGCAGGCGGUAUCUGCGCCUUCGAUGCCGCUCGCUACCUCAUCCUCGAAGAGGGCGAGCAAGUCGACCGAUUGCUUCUUCUCGACUCCCCAUUCCCUAUCGGCCUCGAGAAGCUGCCUCCUCGUCUCUACAAAUUCUUUGACUCGAUCGGCUUCUUCGGCGAAGGCAAAUCUGCGCCCCCAGCCUGGCUACUCCCCCACUUCCUCGCAUUCAUCGACUCUCUCGACGCCUACAAGGCCGUUCCCCUCCCCUUCGAUGACCCAGAAUGGGCCAAGAAAAUGCCCAAAACCUUCCUGAUCUGGGCCAAGGACGGUGUCUGCGGCAAGCCAGGCGACCCAUGGCCCGAGCCGGCCCCCGAUGGCAGUCCCGAUCCGAGAGAAAUGAUCUGGCUGCUCAAGAACCGGGAGGAUCUGGGUCCCAACAAGUGGGAUACGCUCGUCGGACCGAACAACAUCGGGGGUAUCACCGCCAUGGAAGGCGCCAAUCAUUUCACCAUGACUCUCGGAAACAAAGCCAAAGAACUAUCCACGUUCAUCGGCAAUGCCAUGGCUGAUUAG